AUGCCACGUUUUUGGCCGAAUGAUGGAGAAUGUUUAAUCGGUAGCAUACAUGUUCAAGUCACAAACGAAGUAAACGAACAGCUUAUAAUAAAGGAAGUUACAAGAGUUUUAAACUCUAAAAUAAAAGGUUUAGAAGAACUAACCAUACAAGUUGAAAAGAUCGAAG